CACAUCAAAGGAAAACUUGCAAGUGUUGUCCUCUACUCUCUAACCUUUAUUCUUCUUAUUCUUUUUUUUUUCCACUUUGAUUAAAUUUUUAUUCAUAGGGAAUAAUUAAUUAACAAAAAUGGAAGGGAAAACUGGAUGCUUUAGUAAUUUCUUUCAAAUGACUAAGCCAUACAUAGCUAUGAUCUCUCUUCAGUUCGGCUAUGCUGGGAUGAACAUAAUUACCAAAGUGUCCCUCAACAGGGGAAUGAGCCACUACGUCCUUGUUGUCUACAGGCACGCCUUUGCCACGGCCGCUAUUGCUCCUUUCGCACUAGUUCUCGAGAGAAAAGUAAGACCCAAGAUCACUUUUCCAAUUUUUAUCCAGCUUUUCGUUCUGGGCCUUCUUGGGCCUGUGAUUGAUCAGAACUUCUACUAUGCUGGGCUAAAGUUCACAUCUCCUACGUUCUCCUGUGCCAUGAGCAACAUGCUCCCAGCAAUGACAUUUGUCAUGGCUGUUCUCUGCCGGAUGGAGAAGUUAGACAUGAAAAAAGUGAGAUGCCAAGCAAAAUUAGUGGGAACAAUAGUGACGGUAGCAGGAGCAAUGUUGAUGACAUUGUACAAAGGACAAGUAAUUAAUUUCUUCUGGGUUGACCAAACUCACAACCUCAAUUCGUCUGCUACUGAUGCUGCCGCCGCUGCCUCCGCUGACAAGGACUGGCUUAAGGGCUCCAUUCUUCUCAUUAUAGCCACCCUUGCCUGGGCUUCCUUCUUUAUCCUUCAGGCUGUGACACUAAGGAAAUAUACUGCUCAACUGUCACUCACUGCAAUUGUGUGCUUCUUGGGGACCCUGCAAUCUAUUGCUGUCACCUUUGUUAUGGAACAAAAGCCUUCUGCUUGGUCUAUUGGUUGGGACAUGAAUCUCCUUGCUGCUGCCUAUGCUGGUAUAGUAUCAUCGGGCAUAGCAUACUAUGUUCAAGGGAUAGUGAUGCAGAAAAGAGGCCCUGUUUUUGUCACUGCAUUUAGCCCUCUGAUGAUGAUCAUUGUCGCUAUCAUGGGAUCUUUCAUCCUUGCGGAAAACAUUUACCUCGGAGGUAUUCUUGGUGCUGUUCUUAUUGUGAUGGGGUUGUACUCUGUUCUCUGGGGCAAAUACAAGGAGUACAAGGAGAAGGAAGAAGAGAUAAUUGUAGAAAUUGUUAAAGGAAACACCUGUGGGCAUCAACAUGAUCCCGAUCAUCAUCAUAGUGUUAAUAUUUUCCGAAUUGAAACUGUGAGAGAAGAUGUCAUUGAAGGAGCAAACGACAACGACGACAUUGAAAUGCAAAAGAAUAGAACUAAUACCGAAAAUGACAAUGCCUUAGCUCCUGCUGCAAACAUUUGUGUGCCACUUCCCCAGCCCACAGUAAUAGCUUUACCAAUACAAGACCCAAAAAUUUAAAGAUUACUUCAAAGACAAUAAACUAAUAAUAGAAAGUUGCAAGUUUGGCCAUCAAAGUGAAGGAAAGGGAAAGUAGAGGAGGGCAAGCCUUUUAAUUUUUUCCCUCUAUAUUCUUGUCUUCUUUUUUAUUUUUUUUGUGCUUUUUAACUUUAUGUUUUUUCUUUUGUGUGUGGAGAGUAUGUAUUAUUGUACUUGUUAGCCUAAUCUAAGUUUAUAUUUUGAGAAUACAAUGAAAAGCAAAAAGGUUAAUUAAACUA